AAAUAUAUCUUCCACCCAAUAAUUAUAAUCCUUCAUCAAACCAAAACCCUUCCAUUCAAUUCCAUACAAUAUAUCUUCCACCCAAUAAUGCACUCUGUAGUGCAUGCGUAAUCAAAUUCUAUCACUGCUAUCACUAUAUCAUUCUCCCACGCUUCCGUUGCACCCAAAAAGCUUACGUAAAUGUAAACUCUUUUCUCUCAUACCGUUUGCGUUAUGUUUGUUGCAUUGCGUUAUCCAUCCAAAAGCUUUGCCAUGUUAGUAAUAUGUUUAGCAAGUUUAUGAGACGAAGCAAAAGCACUUUGUCGCCUGUUUUUUUAUGCUUCCCGAAGCUCUUUUCUUUCACCACUUUCAAUUUCAUGUCUCUUCCGCGUCGCAUCACAACAAACAGUAUCCCACUCUUUGAAAAUUAAGUAAAUUCCAUUGAGAAAAAAAGCUCGUAAACUAUUUAUCUUUCAACUAUAAAUAAAGGGUCCAAUUUCACAUGCCAUGCACUUUUCAUUUUCAAGUAAAACACCUCUUCCAAUAAUCUAACCAUGCCUCUCUCAAAGCUUCUACUCGCAUCCCUUCUGCUAUCCUUUCUCCUCUUCCAUCUACUUCAAGCUCAUCAAACGGUGCACGCACAGACCCAGGGUUCUCUUGUUCAGCAGAUAGAUUGUAACGCUGCAUGUGGUGCGAGGUGCCGUUUAGCAUCUCGUCAGCUCAUGUGUCACAGAGCUUGUGGAACCUGCUGCAGACGCUGCAACUGCGUACCACCGGGAACUGCCGGUAACCAAGAAGUGUGUCCCUGCUAUGCCAGUCUCACCACCCACGGUGACAGACGCAAGUGCCCUUAGAGAUUUCCAUCAGUGUGAAGCCAUGCCAUGCAAGUUAAUAUAUAUACAUAUCCUGGUUUUGGUGUGUUGCGUGCAGAAAUAAACCCUUCUUAUUCAAUGCAUGUUCGAUCCUUGCGUUGCCACAGUUUGUGAGUGUUGUGCGUUUUCUGUAUCUGAUUGUUGUAUUGUAUCCUCAAACUUAUAUAAAGAAGAGCUUUCUGUUA